AUGCAAGAAAUUAUUAAAUGUAGAGAACAAUUAGAAAAAGCAAUAAAAGAUGGAGAGUUUGAUAAAGCUCUUGAAUGUUUAAAAAAUGCAAAAAAUUUUAAAAUUACAAAAGAUCUUUUAAAGAGUACAGAUAUUGGAAAAUCAGUAGGUAAACUUAGAGCACAUAAGGAUAUUGGCAUUUCAAGUCAAAGUAAAGAAUUAAUUGAUAAAUGGAAGCAAGAUAUAGAAGGUACAUCAGCAACAACAACAUCAUCAUCAUCAUCAUCAUCUUCAUCAACUACAAGCACAACUACAACAAAAACAGCAUCACCAAGUGAGUCAUUAAAAAGAAAAUCAAUAUCUGAAGAUACAUCAGAUAGACCUACUUCAAAACCUCUUUUACAAGAAAAUAAAAAGAUUUCACCACCAACUACACCAAAAACAUCAUCACCACCAAUUGCGUCAUUAAUUGCACCAAUCACAGGUGCAAACGCAGAUCUUAGAAAUAAAACAAUUCAAUUAUUUGUCGAAGCUUUGACAACUGAUAAUGAUGAAACAAUGUCACCACCAGAGGAUAUAGCGGUUGAAAUCGAAGCAGAAAUGUAUGACAUCUAUAGAGGUGUCUCUAAAGAAUAUAAAGAAAAACUUAGAUCUUUUAAAUUCAAUCUUAAAAAGAAUGAUAUAUUAAGAUUAUCUUUAUUGAAUAGACAAAUUUCAGUUGCAAAAUUUUGUUCAAUGGAUAUUUAUUCAAUGGCAAGUGAUGAUUUAAAAGAGGAAAGAAAGAAAUUAGAUAAAUUUAAUACAGAAGCUUCAAUGCUUGGUCAAAAUAAUGAAGCAACUACCGAUCAAUUUCAAUGUGGUAAAUGUAAACAAAGAAAAUGCACAUAUACUCAAUUACAAACUCGUUCAGCAGAUGAACCUCCAACUACUUUUGUUAAAUGUUGUGUAAAGGGUUGUGGUAAUCGUUGGCGUUUUUGUUAA